AUGGCAGAUCGCCGGACUGUUGGGUCACUGAAAUUCUGUACGCUUCUCCAGUUGGGUCGUGAGCGUGACGACGUUGAAGGCUUGAAGCUUCCUGAUCUUGGUUGGUUUUCGGAUGGCGCACAUGAGAAGGCUGGUAAAGGAGGGACGUGUUUGGAGGAUCGCAUUAGUGAACUUCCUGAUGUUGUCCUUGUUUCAAUCUUGUCACUAUUGACAAUGAAAGAAGCUGGAAGAACUAGUGUGCUUUCAAAGAGAUGGAGGUAUAUGUGGACACACAUUACUGCUUUGAACUUUGAUGCCGCACAUAUAAUAGAUGGAAUUAGAGUGGGUGAUAAGCAACUUGAAGAAGAAAGGCCUUCGUACUUGAGUUGGGUAAAUCAAGUCUUAAAAACGUACAAUGGUCCAAGUUUGGAUGAAUUUAGAGUUCAAUUUGAUCUUGAUGAAACUUGUAGAUUUGAUAUUGACAAUUGGAUUAACUUUGCAUUGGAAAAGAGAGUUAAAAGUCUUGAUUUAGACUUUUUAGACACUUACCGGUAUACUAGAAAGGAAGGGGAUUACAUUUAUCGUAUUACAAAUCACCCUCAUGGGUUUACUAGCUGCAAUUUCCUGACCAAUCUCCAGCUGAAUUACGUGAAUGUAACUGGACAAGUUCUCGAGUACUUUUUAAUUAACUGUCCAUUUUUAGAACAAUUAUUUGUGCACGACUCUAUUGGUCUCGUAAAUCUGAAAGUUCCUGAGCUGUCACUCAAAUUGAAGCGCUUGGCAAUAACUUAUUGCAUCAAUGUGGAAAGUAUUGAGAUUUCUGCAAUGAAUCUCAUGUCAUUUCACUAUCUCGGACCAAGAAUAAUCCUGCCAUUUAAGAAUGUCCCGAUGCCAGUUGAUUUGUAUAUCGGGGGUCUGUAUGCCAUAUAUCUAAUAUAUAACUUUAUGGAGAUUUCGAGCUAUCUUUCUCAGCUAGAGAGCCUUACGCUGGAUUUGAUCAGCCUUGAGCAUGAUAUUAAGUUUGCUCAAUUUCCUAUAUUAAAUAAUCUCAAGCAACUGGAGUUGAGAGUUAAUGCAAGUGAUGAUGAAAGCCUUCUUGUUUUUGCUCCCCUGAUAGAGGCAUGUCCUUUUUUGUCUAAAUUUGUGUUAAAGCUGCAUUGGAGGAAGGCUGGCCAAAAAAGAAAACACCACAAGUUUACCUCUCGGACCCAUCAAUAUCUUAAGGUGGUGGAAUUCAUUGGAUUUGUUGGGCGUACAAAUGAUGUUGAGCUUGCAAUGUAUUUAAUUAAAAGUGCUAUCAAACUUGAGAAGAUUACUUUUGAUCCUCGUGAUCCAUUAGCGAUAGGAACCCCAUGGGAGUUCACCGAGUUCGCGCAGCCGAAGAGAGAAAAAGCAGCGAGAAAGUUUGCCAAGAAGCUAGGAACCAAACUUCCUGUAGGAGCAGAUUUGGUUAUCCUUUAA